CAACCCAAACAAAACGCUAAAAAAGAAAGUAUCUUCUCUUGUGCUUAAUCUCAUCCACACCAUAAAAUGAGUGGUGAAUGUCAAUUUAUAUAUCUCUUCAUAUCAAAAAACCUACCCCACAUCAUCUAACCAAAAUUCAACUAACAUCUUCUUCUCCUCUUUGUUUCAAUUCUUACCAUCUUCUCAAAAAAUAAAAAAAAUGGCAUCUUCAUCUUCUUGUUCAUCUUCAUUUUUGUUAUCCAAACCACCAAAAACAUCCCUUGUUCCCAACAAUCUCACCCUUUCAAACUUCUCCGCCUUCUCAUCUUUCUCCACCCUUCCUAAACUCCACUCAUCACUCAACAACAAAACCCUUAAAAGACUACACUUUUCGCCGAUUAAGGCUAGCACGGCUGCCACCCCAAACCAAACCACCAAGAAAGAUCAACGAGUCCAACGAGUCCACAGCAUCGAAGAGUUCGACAACGCCCUUAAAGCCGCUCAAGACAAGCUCGUUGUCGUCGAGUUUGCUAUGAGCGACAGCGAUCAAAGCAGCCAAAUCUACCCCUUCAUGGUAGAGCUAAGCCGUACUUGUAACGACGUCGAGUUCAUUCUUGUGAUGGGGGAUGAAUCCGAAGCAACCAAGGCACUUUGCAAGAGGGAAAAAAUCGAGCAAGUUCCUCACUUUACGUUCUACAAGUCCAUGCAAAAAAUUCACGAGGAGGAAGCAAUAGGACCCGAUCAACUAGUAGGAGAUGUGCUUUACUACGGUGAUAGUCACUCGGCUGUGGUGCAGCUUCACUCUAGGGAGGAUGUCGAGAGCUUGAUCAACGAGCAUCGAGGCGAUGACAAGCUAGUUGUGCUUGAUGUAGGGCUUAAGCAUUGCGGACCUUGUGUUAAGGUGUACCCGACCGUGAUCAAGUUGUCUAGGCAGAUGGAUAAUGUGGUAUUUGCAAGGAUGAAUGGGGAUGAAAAUGAGAGUUGUAUGGAUUUUUUGAGGGCUAUGGAUGUGGUUGAAGUCCCUACUUUUGUGUUUAUUAGGGAUGGUAAGAUUUGUGGAAGGUAUGUUGGAUCUGGUAAAGGUGAGCUUAUUGGUGAGAUUUUAAGGUACCAAGGAGUUCGCGUUACUUACUAGAUUCACUACCAGUGGCGGAUUUAUGUUAUACGGGUUUAUUGGAUUUUGAAAUAGAAAAAUAUGAGCAGAAUGUAAGAUUAUUAAAAAAAAAUGCUAGAGUAAUAAUAGUACUAUAAUUUAUAUUAUUAAUAUUAGUAGUAAAUUAAAAAUUGUUAUGAUUAUGAAAUGUAUUUUAUUAGUGGGUUGCUAGGGAAUUUCAUACUUGGUGAAUGAUGAUCCACUUCUCUUGAAGGAUCCGAUGUGAUAGAAUACACUUUUUAUUUCUACCAUUUGUUCGUCACAUGACUAAAUAUAUUGAACACUUUGAUAGAAGAAAAUUUAAUGUUUAUUGUAAGGUAA